AUAAGAAAACAGAAAAACAGCGUUCGGCAUGUACCUGAGGAUGGGCCUGGUACAAAUGCCUGGAACCCGCAUGUACUGGGAGACGGAUACACGGCACCCACCUGUUGCUGAUGUGAUGCCACGCAACAGAUUCCAAUCGCUUUUGACGUCAUUGCAUUUUGUAAACAACUUGACAGUGUCGGAGACUGAAAAGAGGGACAAACUCUGGAAACUCAGACCAUGGCUUGAUUCGCUCAGAGAGAACUGCCUGCAGGUGGUACCAGAAGAGCACAAUUCUGUGGAUGAGAUGAUGAUAUACCUUUCAAGGGGAAGUUCAGCAGCAUCAAGCAGUAUAUGCGUGGCAAGCCACACCCAUGGGGGUUUAAAGUAUGGGUGAGAGCUGGAAUUUCUGGCAUGAUGCUUGACUUUGAUGUUUACCAAGGGUGCAUCAAUGGAGUAUGAGUCAAGUCUGAACUUGGAUUGUCAGGUGAUGUUGUGAUGAAGCUUGCCUCCACACUUCCAAAGGGCCAAAACUACAAGAUCUACGUAGACAACUACUUCACCUCUGUUCCACUGGUAGCGAAGCUCCUUGAGCAAGGCAUCCAUUAUGGGGGAACAGCCAGGCAGGUCCGCCUGCAAGUACAUACAAGUAAAUACAAGUACGCCCUGAAAUCCCGGCGGUGGUACAUGUACAUCUUCUGGCACACCAUCACCCUCGCUGUGGUCAACGCCUGGCUCCUCUACAAGCGGUACUGCCAAGCUCUCAAGAUGCCAAAGAAGGAGACACUGAACAUGAGGAUGUUCCAGGCACAGCUUGCAUCCUCUCUCAUUCUGGUGGGCACAGCACCCAAAACUCCAAAGAGAGGACGACCAUCUGCAGGCAACAGGAGCCCAGGCGCAGCAGGGAGCCCUUUGGAUGCUGGAAAGAGACCAUCCUUGGGUGAUGGGAGUCCAAGCGGUCCCUCCUCCAAAAAAACAUGUGCACACCCCCCUCUGGAUGUGCGCAGAGACCUCACUGGACACUUUAUACACAAGAUAACAAGAGGACGCUGCAGACAUUGCAGUAAAGGGUAUACUAAUACCCAAUGCAGCAAAUGUGAUGUCCGCCUCUGCUUUUCAGAGGACAAGAACUGCUUCUGGGACUAUCACUGCAACUGACUGCAACGUAUAAUGUAAAUAAUGUAAAUAACUGUCAAAGUGCUUGUUGUUAG